AUGACGGACGUUGCAAAGGGUAUGUCUGCUCGACUUCUCGAUCCAUCGGUGGUGAAUGGUCCGUCAAUGGAAUAUUCCUCGUCGGUUAGCUCUGUGCCGUACCGUCAGGGCCUCGUACAGCGGUCCUUCGCUCCGCUAACUCCGGGGGGUAUCAGGCAGUCGACGUUUACACUCAUCUCAACGGCUAUGGGUGGUGGGGUAUUGUGUUUGCCAUACGUCAUGAAACAAGUCGGCCUCAUCAAUGGAGUACUUCUAUUGAGUAUAUCAUCGCUUAUCGCUUUCGUCACGAUGUACAUCCUCAUUAUGUGUGCUGUUAAAGCGAACAAGCAUUCAUACGGUUCUCUCCUAGGCUACUGUGCAGGGAAGUGGGUGGCACCAGUGUUGGACAUCAUACUCUUAAUCUACGGUAUGGGAGCGGUCAUUGCGUACUUCAUAUUACUUGGUGACUUCCUGCCAGCCCUGUUCCAGCUGGUCGGUGUCACUGUAGCCAGUCGCACGAUCUGCAUGAUAGGGGUGGCAGCGUUUGCAGUACCGCUAGUGCUUCCUCGUCGUUUGUCGGCUCUCCAAUACGUCUCUCCAGUGGCGACAUUCUCCCUGAUCCUCACGGCUGUCAUCACUAUGGUCAAAGCUCAUCGUGAGUCCGUCAUCCUCCCACCCGACGCUCCGGUGGACUUGCUUAUUUUUGGAUGGCCACUGCUGAAGGCGUUCACCAUCACAUUAUUCGCUUAUAUCUGCCACAUGAAUGUCGUUCCUGUCGCUAGUGAGCUCGUCGAGCCGACUCCGGCCAGAGUCCUCAAGGUGACCUCUAGAGUGGCAUUUGUCCAACUGUCUUUCUACAUCGUCAUCGGUGUUGCUGGAUACAUCAGUUUUUCUCAUUUUACUCGUCAGAAUUACAUCACCAACUAUCCGUCAGGUGACGUUCUCAUUAGCUUAUGUCGUCUAUCGCUCUCGUGUAGUCUUCUUUUUUCCAUACCGAUAAACACCAAUCCGACUGCCAAAGCUGCAGUACAUUUUUUUAAAUCAAUUCGAGAACUCAUGGCCGACUCGAGAGGUGACCGCCUCCUCCCCGCUAGGAGGCGUGUGCUUUCCUCUGUCACCGAGGAGAAUGCCAGUGAAAGAGCACUGCGAAUAUUCUUCAGCUUCCUGGUCCUUGCUGUUACCUUGAUCGUUGGUAUUCUGGUACCAGGCGUGGCUGAUGUGGUUUCCCUAUUGGGAGGUUCCCUCGGCACCAUCAUCAUGAUCGUUUGUCCCCUAUAUAUCUUCGUAACAAUCAUGAAGGCAGAAUCGAAGACAGUUUUGGGCCGAGUUGUGGUAUGGUCUCUAGUCGUUGCUGGAGUCGUGGCAUUAACAGCAGUUGGUUUGAUGGUCACCAACACUAUGAAGAUCACCCAUCUGCCCUUAGCUGUGAACUAG